CUUAGUCCUGAAUUUCUUGCCGUCACCUACUUCAUCUCAAUCUCAAUCUCUCUGCAUUCAUCUUAAUGCCAUAAUAUCCAUGGCAGAUCCAUAAUCUUCAUAAAACACAAUCCUCACGUACUAGCAAGAUUCUAACUCCAUCUCUACAAUCACAUCCAUCUGAAAUGCCAGCUUAUACCAAAAACUCUAUUAUCCACCAAAAUCCCCAAAUCAAUCCAACUGAUCUCUAUUUUGCAACUCAUAAUUCAUUGAUACCUAUGUGGUUCUGAACAAACUUCAUUGGGUACAUCUCAUCCUCAACCAAUCGUUACAGAAGUAAGUUCUGAAUUUGGCUGUAUAUUGGAAGAAAAUGAUUCCUCAAAUUGGAGGUCUCUCAGAUGAUGAAGAAUUCAUGAGCAUGAUAAACAUCCCUGCUGCAAGAAAUACAAGGCUAGAAUCAUCCCCUCCUGUGAACGUAAAUGAUACUGUAAGAUCAUCAACAAUCCCAACUGUUGGCAAUGAGGUGUCGAUUGAACCGGCAAUAAAUGUCAAUGACAGUGGUGCAAAUAGUAGGCCAAGUAAGAAGCGUAAGCAAAAGACUCGCAAGACUCGAGGAAAGAAUAAGCCUAAGUUUGCAUUAGAAGGACGAGAGAAACUCCAAUUUAAUGCCAUUGGGCAGCCUGUUGGCCCAAGUAAAAAAGUUGUAGAAUUUGGUCGAUUCAUUGGACAACUUGCAAGUGAAUGCUCCAAUUUUCCUCUCAAUGCUGAAAAUUGGGCUGAGAUUUGCAAGGCAGGCAAAGUAGAUGAGGCAUGGCAAACUGUUCAAGAUGCAUUGGAUUGGUCAGAUCCUGAAACUCUAAACUUGGUAGCUGACAUCAAAGAUGUGGUUGUGGAUAAAUUACACGAGCGUUGGAGAUCUUUGAAGUACAAGAUGAAGAAAAAAUGGUACAAACCUUUCAUGGGAAUGGAAAGGAGAUUCAUAUGUGGCAAUAAACACGUUCACGUGGGACAAUGGCGUGCGUUAGUGAGUACAUGGGACGAAACAAAAAAUCAGGAGGUUGCAGAGACAAAUGUAACAAAUCGACAGCAAUUAAAGUUGCAUCAGACAACUGGAACAAAAACCUAUGCUCAUAUGCGAUAUCAAUGGGAAUGUGAGCAUCCUGGAGAGGUACUUGAUAGGGUGACUUUCUUUGGCAUCGUAUAUGGUUCAAGGCAAAAAGAUCCAUCUAAGCCUCAGCCCAAUAAUGAGGAAGCUCAGAAAAAAUUUGAUGAAUUUGAAGAGCUUGAGAACAACGUACGAAUAGAAGGACGAGAAGUCACUCAUGAGGUUCGGAAUGAACUAUUUCACAAGGUGAUGGGCCCUGAGAAGCGUAAUCGGGUACGUGGAUACGGAAUUGGUGCAAAAUGGGCGGAUGUUCCAGGAAUUGUUACCCAAAAGAAUGGGAUAAAGUAUCAGCUAUUAACCUUGAGUGAGGCUUAUGAAGCAGAGCGUGAAGCUAAUGUAAGAAGGGAAGCAAAUUUGGCCCAACAAUUGAAAGAAUCAGCCGAGAGAGAAGAGGCGCUGCAAGCUUCUUAUGCGCAGCUGAACAAGAAGUUAGAUUUGAUGCAAGAACAAAUGGGUGCUAAUUCCUUGACCCAAAUCUUUGCUGCAGGGGGGAUAAAUUCUAUGGAAUCGUUAGAUCUUGGCCUACUCAUCAAUUUUCUAAAGAAACCAGACAAUCCCCUUGCAAUUUCUACUUCAAAUGUGCCAAUGGGACACAAUAUUGGUCAAAGCUGCAUGACUUGAGAGGUAAUGGAUACAAAAAUAUGCCCUUUUGAACAUGUUAUCAAGUUAGUGGCUGAUUUUUGGAAAUAUGUAAUUAAGACAAUAUUAGAUACCCAACUUCUGGAUCCCAUUAGUUAGGCUGGAUCUCUUUUGAAAAGCAAAAAUAAAUUCUAUUCUAUCCAAAUCCAAUAUGGAUUAGAAUGAAAUUUGUUUUUGAUAUAUGGAAGUUGUGAUGGUAGUUUUUUAGGACUUGUGUUAGAUAUUUGGAACUUGUGUAGUCUGCCAGAACUCUUAGCAUGGUGUUGAUAUAAAUGAAAUGGGCUAUGCUCUA